AUGGAUAAAAUAAAAUCUCUUAAUAUUGAUUUUGCUUAAUACCAGACAGAUUACCUAAGACCAAUCCCCAAUAUUAUAACAUCUGAUCCAUAAUGGAAUGACAAUAUUCUUUUAAUGAAUGUCUAAUGGAAUUAUACUCUAGAAAUUAAUUAUGAUAAAUUGAGUCAAGUAAAAGAGAUCAUACAAAAAACCUGUACAACUGAAAUCAGUGAUGAUGAAUAAAGAGUAAAUAUAAUCCUCAUAUUUAAUUAGUUAUUAUUUAAUUAUCUUUCAAAUGAAAAGGAUUUACUUAAAAAUUGCGGAUUCACUUGUCAAAGACUACCUAUUAUUAUUGAAAAGAAUAAAGAAAUUGCACAUUUUUUAUUGAUUUAAAUAUGCAACUUAGAUGGCUUCGAAGAGUAUUCAUUUAUUUACAAUUUUAGAUUCUUAGAAGUCUUCAUCUAAACUGAUGUCACUUAAAAUACACUUGAAUUGUUUGCUCAAUUAUUUGGAGAACUCAAAUUACCAUAAGAAUAUAUCACAUAAUAUAUUAAUUAUUGUAUAGACUUUUGCAAUAAUAUCAAAGUAAUUCAAAUAUCUUAUAAUGAUAGGAAAAAUAAUAACAGAAUAAAUUAGUUAGGUUUGUUUCCGUUUUUAUCUAGUAAAUGCUUAAAUAAAAAGCAUUCAUCACUAAAGAUAUUCUGACUGAUGUAAGAAUUAAUAAAAUUUAGUUAUAAGCAUUUUGUAUUGAAUUCUCCAAAGUUGGUGAAGUAUCUAAACUCUUCAAACUAGUCAAAAGUUAAGAACCUGCCGCAUAAUGA